AUGGACUCCCGGGCCGACGUUCACAACAUCGUCUACGGGACAGGAUAUCAGAUUUUCCAAUCGACAAUUCUCCCGGCCAUCGAGUCCGCACAGCAUGAGAUCAAAUUCGUAACAUGCUUCUGGGCAGCCUCCAAGAGCAAAGAUGCAUUGAACGAGAGCCUUGUAAAGCUCAGCAACGCGGCUCUGCAGAGGAAGACGAAGAUCAAAGUCCGGAUUGGUUUCUCAUCAUGCUCCUUACUCCAGAAGCUAUUUCACACUCGAUCUCCGGAAGGACAUACAUACGAUGCUUCGACAUGGCAGAAGAAACUCGGGCUGCCUGGGAAGAACGAUAUAUCCGGACUUGACCUGGAGAUCAAAAGCAUCUUCUUCUUACCAUUCAGCGUCUGGCACCCCAAGUUUGUCAUCAUCGACAACCGCGAGGUUUUCCUACCAAGCUGUAAUGUCUCAUGGGAGGAAUGGUUCGAAGGAUGCGUGCACAUGACCGGUCCGGUCGUUCAGCAAUUCACAACAUUCUGGAACAAUCACUGGGCGAGUACCGCAGACCGCAACGACGCACCCAAACCGCUCCCAUCUCAUGAGUCAAUACCCCAACUCGCGAACCUCAUGUGCAAGUUCCUCCCCUCGCCCCAUCACCGCAAUCCCAACUUCCGUCUCCCCUGGCAGAACUGCCCGCCACCGCCACAAACACCCCUGAACACCGAACUCCUUGAGCUCUUCAACCAUGCCAGACGAAGCAUUUUCAUUCAGACUCCCAACUUGACCUGUCCACCUGUUCUGGACGCUCUUUUUGCUGCUCUCGAACGAGGAGUCGACGUUCGUGUCACCACAAGCGAAAGGCUCAUGAUACUGGAGCAGCUCGUCACAGCAGGGACUAUGACGUCGCGAUGCGUCAAGAGAUUGAUACGCACAUAUGAACGGUUACGUAGUCGGCCGCUGGACGAGGAGGCUGGUUGUCGAAAGCCUGGACUCUUGCACAUAUCGUACUACGAACCGCGGAAGGAAAGGACGAAAGGGAUGACGGAGCCCGUGCAGUCGCAUUUGAAGUUCACAGCGGUGGACGACGAGAUUGUGGUGUUUGGAAGUGGGAAUAUGGAUCGGGCGAGCUGGUUCACCAGCCAGGAAUUGGGGGUUUCGUUCCAUUCGAAGGAGAUGGUGAGGACAAGUCUGGAGCUGCUGGAAAAGGAGAUGGUUGGGCGGAGCAAGAUUGUCUUCGAUGGUGAAAAGCAUUGAUACCCGUGUUGAAUCUAAUGAAAAUCUGCCCACAGGCAGUAAUCGCU